UUCUAACUGGAAAAGGUUUGAGAGCCAUAACAAUCAUCCUUUUUGAACUAUACGGUAACACUGAACAGCUGUUUAGCUCAUUUUUACGAUUGCCGGUUGGCUGUUGUUUGUUGACAGUCGCGGAUAGAUUUCGCAUAUACUAUUAAAUAUGUCGGUAACAUUACAUACGGAUGUGGGCGACAUCAAAAUUGAGCUUUUCUGUGAGGAUUGUCCAAAAGCUUGUCAGAAUUUUUUGGCGCUAUGUGCCAGCGAAUAUUACAAUGGCUGCGCUUUCAUUCGCAAUAUAAAAGGUUUUAUAGUACAAACAGGUGAUCCUACAAAUACCGGUAAAAAUGGCAAAUCUAUUUGGGGUACCAAAUUUGAAGAUGAAUUCAAAGACACAUUGAAGCACUCUGAUCGCGGUAUGGUUUCCAUGGCAAAUAAUGGCCCCAAUGCGAAUGCCAGCCAAUUUUUUAUAACUUAUGCAGCUCAACCCAAUUUAGACCUCAAGUAUACACUUUUUGGAAGAGUAAUUGAUGGUUUCGACGCAUUAGACGAGUUAGAAAAACUUCCAGUAAAUCCCAAAACUUAUCGUCCACAUAUUGAGAAAAAAAUCAACAGUGUUACAAUACAUGCAAAUCCCAUAGCUGGAUGAGGCCUGGCUAGGGAGGUUAGUAACAAUUAUAUUUCUUUAUUUCUUACUCACUACAUAUCAAUAAUAAAAGGCGUUACUAUGUUGCCAAUUUGAAAUAUAAGUAAUGCAAAUCUUACAGAAUAUUUAAAAUAUGAUACGGACCUAAACCCAAUGACGGCGCACCAACUCCGUUUAAGCAUUUCUUUUAACGAAAAAGUAUUAUUAAAGAUUUGUUCCAAACCAAAAAAAAAAUAUUCAAAUUCUACUUAUUUACCACAAAUAUUUUGAACCCUGCCUUUUCAGCUACAAUAAAUACUUAGAUAUUAGGGCAUCAAGUGCUGUGUAACGGCGUUAGCAUAACGGGAUUUCGUUAAUUUUUUCUUGGUUAUGCCAACAGGUAUAACAGUUAAUUUGUGCUUUUGUAAAGUGGAAAAUAUUUUGUAUUAUAGUAGAAUAUUUCAAUAUAAAAAC